AUGGCUCCCGUAAAUAAAAUACGGAUAUGUGCCAUACUUUGGCUGAUUUGCGCUGUAAGUGCUGAGGGCAACAAUAAUACCACAACGACGAAAACUAUCAGGACUACUAUCCUACCGUCGAGGACUACACGCACUGAACUGAAAGUUUCCCGGAGUCUGAACCCCCAUGACACUCAGACUGUCAAUGUUAGAACGAAACAAGGACAUUUAACUCAGUUGAUAGUGAAGAAAAAAGAUUCGAAAUCGACUACGCACGGAAGCAGCACAACAGCUGCACCGACGACAGUUCCUAUCAAAACAACGGUACCAAAUGUGAAUGUUAAGUUCAACACAACUGACGAUAGUAAAAAUAAAACGGAAGUCCGAGAUCAAAGGAAGAUAAACUUUGGAUCCGUCAACAGCGACUUAGCCGGUUUUGAUUAUUACAUCAACCGCAAUAAACACGAAGAGUUCAGUGACAUCAAAGCGGAAUACGGUAACUGGUCCCCAGUUUCGGUUUACCCAGAAUCGCACAUUCAAGAAAACGGCGGAAAACCUGUCACCGACCCAGAAACUUCCAGCUAUUAUCCCACUUAUGAUAAUCAAGAGAAAGUUGAAAAUAAAAAGGUCUACAUAACAUCUACCAGUUUUAUGGACUAUGGUGGGCCCAUCAAAAGUUACAGGUUUGAUCCGCAUAAUCCCGUUAUAAAAAACGACAGAAAUCCCGUAUACAUAGAAGUUGUUAGCACUAAAGUCUCUGAUGGUGAGGCUAAAUCUUAUAAAGUACCAGAUCCCGUGAUGGUUAGCUCGGAACCAAUGUAUAUAAAGAAAGCUAUUGAAAAGUUUAACAAACGUGGUAGGUCAAUAUUAACUUUAGGUGACGAUGGAAUACCUGAAAUACAAGGAGUGAGAAUGCCUGACGAUGAGUCCGACAAAAAAACAUGGAGAAACGCACGGGUAGUUAACGGUGAAUUAGUACCUUAUCCGGAAGGGUACACCCCUCCUAAAGCCAUCCCAGAAGCGGACGUCUACCCAGAUUUAGCAACUGCAGACCCAGCUCAAAGUUUAGGACCAUUUACUAAAGAAGACAACUUUGAACCGAAAGAUGGGCCAUUUACAAAAUUUGAUAAUAUUCACUUUGAUACAGAUGAAUUUAUCCCUUCGUUCCCUUACAAAUCUAAGAAGGAAACUCAUUAUAUUAAACCUAGCUAUGGCCCAUUCACUAAGGCAGAUAAUUCAAAAGUUGCCAAUUCUAAAUUAAUUGAAUAUAUCAAACAAAUCAAUGAACAAGAAUCAAAGCGUGAUUAUUUUAGCGGCCGUAGUUCGAGAGCGCACAACGGCGAUUUAGAAUAUGCUGAAAGUCAUAUCCAAAGGCGUAUGUUGCAACACCCUGGCGACUCCAAUUUCCCUAAUUCAAUUAUGUAUACGCCCAAAAACGUCAAGCCCGGUUUUGACGAAAGUGUGAGGAAUCCUGUUCUUCAGUACGCCCAUCCAGAUCUUGGUGUUCAACCGGCUAAAGCUACUCGUGAUGGUAUUGAAAAUUACGAAAAUAAGCGUAAAAUUAAUUACUACACUAAUAUAGUUCCAAAAAGCGCUCAUCCGUAUCCAAUGGAACCGAUAAAUGGAUACAACCAGCAGCGCAGUCAGCACAUCCCGUCUGUGAAUAGAUAUUACGAAGAUGAAUACAAUAAGUUCUCAUAUUACGACCACAGCCCAGCGAAAUAUCCUUACGGUUAUGGCUAUGUCAAACGUAUUCCUGAACCAUCUCUAUGGAAGCGAUUCACAGACUCGAUGAAGGAUACCAUUAAUACUGCAAGCCAAACUGUACAACAAUUCACUAAACCUUUAAUAGACCCAAUCGCAAAAGUCACACAGCCCGUGUUUGAUCCAUUAGUAGAAGCAACACAAAAAAUAUCGCAUAACUUAGGAUUGUACCCAUCCAACGCAAUACAGAGUCAAAGGUACGCUCAGGAUAAAAUUGGUGUUGCCGCUGCAGCAUCCGGUUCUCCAGCGAUGCUUCCGGCUCUUGGAUUAAUGGCGAGUGGUGCCGCUUUGGGCCUCGGAGCCGUAGCCAUGGGUAGACUUUUAGAUGUUAAUCUAAUGCGUAGCGCUGACGAUGAAGACGCAGUAGAAAAAGAACACAAAAGAUCUUUCGGUGAUGCGGUUUACGAUUACGAUAGAAAAAUUCUCACCAAGCAAAAGUUCUUUGACGAUAAUUAUAAAAUGCCCAGUGAAAACGUUUAUGUGGUGAUGUCACCCGACGGUAGUGAUAGGACUAAGCGUAACGCCCUAAACUAUAACGAGCCGUUUGAGGUUGUUACCGGAGUACGCCAGCGACGCAGCGUGAAGCGGGCGCUGGUUGAUGAUAUGACAGAUGAGCUGCAGCACCUUGACUCAAGCCCAGCUCAGUCGAGCCUCACGUCUGCGGCCAUGGAUUUGGUGAAACAGACGGACUGGAGAGACUCGCAGUGUGCCAAAUUUACGUUCUGUAAAGUCCUAACUUCCCAACCAUCGGAUUCCAUGUUCGCUAUGGAGAAGAAAAUGGAGUCACUUUUAAAAAUGAUAUCGAGAGGAAACAGUGCCAGUGCUGCAGUCGUAGCACAUCAACUAGGGGAUGUGAUGGCUGCCAGCAGAGACCACGACUGCGCAAGAUUUCAAUGUGACGCGCAAUGA